AUGGUAGGAACAGAUACAGUCGGAAGAAACUCGGGAUGCAGUGAGAGUAACGACGGAGAAGAAAUAAAGCACAAAUUGUUUCGACCAUCCACUUCUAAAUCGACGGCGCCGCUGAACACACAUUCGUCGUUAUCACAAAUCAAUAAAAGAAGACUGGAGAUUGGAGUUGAUAUAGAAGCAUUUCGAGUAAACGAAAGGCGUUUUGAGUGUAUUGGAAACGAAAGUUCCAUGGAUGAAGAAGUAAUAAAUAAAAGACGACGGCGUUUACUUGAAGAUGAUCACAGGGAAGAAUCUGAUGCGUUGCAACACGCUCUUGCAUCUAAGCUGCCUCACUCCAUAAGGCACCCAGACGAAGACGAUGAAAAUCUUAUUAGGGAAACUCAAGCAGCGCUAAGAACUCUUUCUGGAAGUUGGUCAAGAGAUCAAACCUGCGCUCAGAGUGGUGAUGAAAACGAAAGUGGCAACGAUUUCGAAAACCUUUUUGAUGACAAGCGAUCAGACAAAAUGCUUCCUUCGUCUCCAUCACAAUCUUCUGAAAGUGCGGAAGCAUCACAGAAAAGUUUUGCCUUACGUAAUAUAAAUGAUGAACAUAAUAACUGCAACUCCAAUGAGGGUAAUAAACAACAAAUGUCUUUGUCAGAUAGAGAGAAGAGCAUUGACGAUGACAGAAAUAGUAGAUACUCUAAUCAUUACGAUGGACCUAAUUUCGACGAACUUGUCGAUUCAUCGUCAAAUGAGUUAGAGAUAGACAUGUCUGAUCGAAACGACGAGAAAUACGAUGAUGAUAAAGACUUAAAUAAUAAACGGAAAAGCGAAAUCAUAGCUGUAAACAAGCAGUCACUGUAUAAUGCUUACAAAGCUGCAACAGCAGCGUUGCCCUUCUCAACGCAAUCUGCGUUUAAGCCACCGGCCGAAGUAAAACAUAAAAUUCCUGGGAACACGUUUCCAAGUGAACCAUUCGGGGGGUAUUCAAACGAACCUGAAAAAAGUUCUGGAGUUAAGGGUUCAAAGCAAUACACGGUGCUUCAGCCGGCGGGUGCUGGAUCGCGAGCGGCGACGGCGUUGCAGGAGGCGCGCGCCGUACCUUCGACACAGCCUGCGCGAGACUCGCGGGCUUUCACAUCGCUUUCGCCGACGCCACAUCGAGUAUUGGCGCUCCACGAGACAAUCUUGAAGUGCCCGACGCCGGGCUGCAACGGCCGCGGCCACGUGAGCUCGAACCGAAGCACACAUCGCUCGCUGUCCGGUUGCCCCACGGCCGCCGCUCGCAAAGCCGCUGCGAGGUCGCAACGCGCCAGACCCGCAGUACCACCCCCAUCGCAUCCACCAAUAAACACAAAUACAGAAAACUCGAAUACAAUACGCGAAAGAGAACGCGAACGUGAGCGCGAACUGGAACGAGAACGUGAACGCGAACGCGAACGUGAACGUGAACGAGAACGUGAACGUGAACGAGAACGAGAAAGGGAACGCGAGCGAGAGCGAGAACGCGAACGGGAGCGUGAACGGGAACGUGAACGCGAACGCGAACGUGAACGCGAGCGCGAGCAAGCGGCGUCGCCGCCGAGUCCCGCCGUGAAAAGCGAAGCACCCGAACUGCUCGUGCCGAAGCGCGAGGCCGCCGAGCCCGAGCGCGACUCCCCCGGUGGGAUGGAGACGCGCCACGCCGGCUACGGCGCGCCGCCCGAUCAGCGAUCGCCUUACGAGCGUCCACCCGACGACCACGUUCGUUCCUACAGUCAAAUGAACGACGCUCGGUACGGAUACGAGUCGCGAUGCUACGAAGGUGCCCCAGCCUUCGAGCGAUACGAUCCGGCACAAUGUCCACAACGUCCAUAUAGCUGGGAGGAAGAAAGAUAUCACGACCCGCAUCUGCCAACGCCAAUGAAAACAGAUCAGUCUGAGCAAGAGACCAGUUCCGGACCAAUAUAUCCUAGACCAAUGUACCACUACGAAGCCGGUAGCGGAGUAGGCGGUGUUGGUGGCGUCAGCGCGAUGGCACCAGGCGUCCCACCCGGCUUCUCCGCGAUCAAUCUAUCAGUGAAGAUAGCAGCAGCCCAGGCGCAACGACCGCGUACUCCCACACCAAGAGACCCACGCGAUCCCCGUCCAGCCAUAGAUCUCUCCACUUCUAGUGGUAGUCCACAGGGUCCAUAUGCAUCCCCGGUGUACACGAGUGCCGGUGGCGGCAGCGGGGGCGGAGCCCGAGGCAGUCCACAGCCAGGCGCUUCGCCCCAGCUCACAGCCAGCCCCCAGGUGCCCAGUCCGCAGGGUCAGACCCUCGACCUUAGUGUGUCCCGUUUACCACAUAGUCGAGGUUUCCCCGGUGGUGUGUCGUAUAGCCGAGAGUCAACACCAGACAGUGGCGGCAGUCAUCCGUAUUUAGAAGCAUAUCAUAGAGAUGCUGCUGGAUACGGUGGAGUCAGUCCGCAUCCAGUAGCUGGUUACGGUUUAGGCCAACCGGACUACGCGGCGGCAGCAGCUGCGGCAGGUUAUGGGGGCUACCAGUACCAAUGCGGUGCUUACCCUCCACCUCCCGCCUACCCUCCACACGCUCCCCCCUAUUCACCACCGUGCUACAUGCCGCCACCCCACGCCCCGCACGACAAGCCUAAGGACAGCAGGUGA